GGGGGUUUAAGCCUGGCCCAGCGCCCGAAUGCGACUUUUGCACAAAGCGUCGGCUCACAACACGCACGUUUCGAAGAACACGGUUCAGGAAGCAUGUCGUAUGGCGGAAGAGAUGAUGAAGGCCGCCAAGGUCGCGGUUACGACACGGGCCUCUAUGACGAUCGCGCCUACGAUGAGAAGAUGUCCAAAUUCCUGGAGGGGAAUGAGGACGAGUUCUACACCGAGUGGGAGGAGUCCUUCGCGUCGUUCGACCAAAUGACUCUCAACGAGGGGCUACUCCGCGGUAUCUACGCAUAUGGCUUCGAGAAGCCGUCUGCCAUCCAGCAGAAGGGGAUCGUGCCCUUCACCAAGGGCCUGGACGUCAUCCAGCAGGCCCAGUCGGGCACGGGCAAGACCGCCACCUUCUGCGCGGGCAUCCUCAACAACCUGGACUACCAGCUGAACGAGUGCCAGGCCCUGGUGCUGGCCCCCACGCGGGAGCUGGCACAGCAGAUCGAAAAGGUCAUGAGGGCGCUGGGGGACUACCUGCAGGUCCGGUGCCACGCGUGCGUGGGCGGCACCAGCGUGCAGGAGGACAUGAGGAUCCUGCAGGGGGGUGUGCACGUUGUUGUGGGCACCCCAGGCCGGGUGUUUGACAUGCUGCGCAGGAGGGCGCUCAGGGCAGACUGCAUCAAGAUGUUCACCCUGGAUGAGGCGGAUGAGAUGUUGUCGCGCGGGUUCAAGGACCAGAUUUACGACAUCUUCCAGCUGCUGCCGCCAAAGCUGCAGGUUGGAGUGUUCUCAGCCACCCUGCCACCAGAGGCUUUGGAGAUCACAAGGAAGUUCAUGAAUAAGCCGGUUCGUAUUCUGGUCAAGCGCGAUGAGCUGACCCUUGAGGGUAUAAAGCAGUUCUAUGUGAAUGUGGAAAGGGAGGACUGGAAGCUGGAAACUCUGUGUGACUUGUAUGAGACUUUGGCCAUCACCCAGAGUGUGAUAUUUGCCAACACCAGGCGAAAGGUGGACUGGCUGACAGACCAGAUGCGGAGCCGUGACCACACUGUGUCGGCCACCCACGGAGACAUGGACCAAAAUACACGCGAUGUGAUCAUGCGCGAGUUCCGGUCGGGUUCCUCUCGUGUGCUUAUCACCACCGAUCUGCUGGCACGUGGCAUUGACGUCCAGCAGGUGUCGCUGGUCAUCAACUACGACCUCCCUACGCAGCCAGAGAACUACCUCCACAGAAUUGAAGGAGUGGUCGUUUUGGCAGGAAGGGUGUGGCUAUCAAUUUUGUCACCAGGGAUGACGAGGGCAUGCUGA